UACAUUGGAAGUGUGGAGUCUUAACCACUGGAUCGCCACGGAAGUCCCUAGAAUUGUCUUGAUUUAAUCGUCACACUAACUUGGGGUCAGUGAUGUUCAGGGAUGUGUCUAUAAACUUCUCUCAGGAGGAAUGGGAGUGCCUGGACUCUGGUCAGAUGAAUUUAUACAAAGAAGUGAUGUUGGAGAAUUUCAGCAACCUGGUUUCAGUGGGACUUUCCAGUUCUAAGCCAACUGUGAUCUCCUUAUUGGAACAAGGAAAAGAGCCCUGGAUGGUUGACAGAGAGCUGACGAGAGGCCUUUGUUCAGAUCUGGAAUCCAUGUGUGAGACCAAGUUACUCUCUCUAAAGAAGAGACAUUUUAGUCAAGUGAUGUUUACCCAUGAAGACAUACCCACUUUUAUUCAGCCCACGUUUCUUAUUCCACAUCAAAAAACUAUUAAUGAAGAGAAGCCCUGUGAAUGUAAAAUAUGUGGAAAGGCCUUUAAUCAAAACUCACACUUUGUUCAACAUCAGAGAAUUCAUUCUGCUGAAAAAAACUAUGAAUGUAAGGAGUGUGGGAAAUCCUUUAGUCGUGGCUCACUUGUUGCUCGACAUCAGAGGAUUCACACUGGUGAAAAACCCUAUGAGUGUAAAGAAUGCGGCAAGGCUUUUAGUUGUAGUUCAUAUUUUUCUCAACAUCAGAGGAUUCACACUGGUGAGAAACCCUAUGAAUGUAAGGAAUGUGGAAAAGCCUUUAAUUAUUGCUCAAACCUUAAUGAUCAUCAGAGAAUUCACACUGGUGAAAAACCCUAUGAAUGUAAAGUAUGUGGAAAAGCUUUUACUAAGAGUUCGCAACUUUUUCCACAUCUGAGAAUUCACACCGGUGAGAAACCUUAUGAAUGUAAGGAAUGUGGGAAAGCCUUUACUCAACAUUCAAGGCUUAUUCAGCACCACAGGAUGCAUACUGGUGAGAAACCUUAUAAGUGUAAGGAAUGUGAGAAGGCCUCUAGUAGUGCCUCAACACUUACUAACCAUCACAGAAUUCAUGCUGGCAAGAAACUCUAUGAAUGUAAAGAAUGUGGAAAGGCCUUUAUUCAGAGCUCAGAACUUAUUCAACAUCAGAGAAUUCAUACAGAUGAAAAACCAUAUGAAUGUAAUGAAUGUGGAAAGGCUUUUAAUAAAGGCUCAAACCUUACUCGACAUCAAAGAAUUCACACUGGUGAGAAACCUUAUGACUGCAAGGAAUGUGGAAAAGCCUUUGGUAGUCGCUCUGACCUCAUCCGCCAUGAAGGAAUUCAUAUUGGAUAAAUGAUAGGCCCUUAUGACUGUAAGUGUGGAAAGGCCUUUGGUAGUCGCUGUGACCUCAUCCACCAUGAAGGAAUUCAUAUUGGAUAAAUGAUAGACUUUUUGAUAACCUUUAUAAUAAUAUAUUU